GUCUUUUGGUAUCUUUUUCUCCGCUUAUUGAUAUUCUUUACUUCAGCGAACAUCCCUACCUGAUAUUUGCAACACGUAUUAAGACAAAAAGAAUGCUGUGCCCCCCAUAUCAUAGCUUCUAGAUCUCUAGUGUCUCCAAACUCUAUAUAAGCAUCCAUCACCUCCUCUGUUAUAUUUCAUCUGGUUUGGCAAGGCUCAAGUUUUGCUUCCAAAUAUUAUUCCUGGAGUUUGCUGCUCCUACUUCACAGACUGACAACGUAUUAUAUCUUCUCAAAAUGUCUUUCAACGCUCAAGAGGCUCAGGCCAGGAACUUUGUUACCCCCAUCGUUCCAGCUGCCUCAAAGGCCCGAGUAGAAAUCGAGGAAUUCAUUGGUGAUAAUGAAAUGACCAACCUCUAUCUGCUUGCCCUUGAGGCUUUGCAAAAGGAAGACGCCAAUAAAUCUGUUGUCAAAAAGAACGAAGAUUGGUGGACUUUCUACAGUCUCUCUGGUCAGCAACUUCCCAGAAUUCGCUAGUCGUAUUGUACCUAAGAACCUACUGACGGUACUUCAGGUAUUCAUGGACAACCUGCUGAGAACUGGAAUGGUAUUCAACAACCAGAUGGCGACAUUGGAGGCUAUUGUACCCACGGCCAAGUUGUAUUCCCAACUUGGCACCGUGUUUAUAUGAACAUGUUUGAAGUGAGACUUUCUUUUCUUUUCCAUGAAGUGUAAAUCUGACUGUGUAUAAGCAAUCACUUUCCAACAAGAUCGCGACGAUCGCGGCCCAGUUCACGCAAGAGCCACAAAAGUCCCUCUACAAACAAGCUGCCGCUCGAUUCCGAAUUCCAUUCUGGGACCCUGUAUUGCCUAGGAACAAAGCAACAAAUGAGAAAAUGUGGGGUCUUCCGAAGAUUCUUUCAGUGACGGAUGUUUGGGUUUUACGCCCAAAUAGUACGGAACUUACGUCAAUCCCCAACCCUCUUUACGCCUUGAAAUUUCAAAACUCGGCAUUGAAAGCCAAAGGACGUACUCCAAUCGCUUGGGCCUCUAACUGGGGAAUUGUAAGUCAAAUAACUUUUACUUCCACAUAUACAAAGCUAAAGGUUCAAUCUUAAUAGUCUACCCCCGGCAAAGAACACACGGUUCGAACUCCUGGUAGAAAUGGCGAAACCAGCGUGGCUAAUCUUGAGCUGGGCAUUCAACGUCAAACGGUUUCCAUCAGUACCAAUUUGUGGAAAUUGCUUAGUCGAUACACCAACGAUGGCCAACACAACAAUGAACUAAGGACUUGGUCGUCUUUUUCCACGCAUAAUGUCAUUGAUCCAAGGACUGAUAAGCCCAUCAUUCAAGGUGGUGACGUUGUUUACCAAAAUGAUACUGCUGUUUCACUAGAGAGCUGGCACGACAACAUUCAUGGUCUUGUUGGAACAGGACAAAAUUUCGCUGGCCAUAUGGGAAAUCCAGCUAUUGCAGCUGUGAGUGUGUCUUCAAAAUUCGUGUCAUAUUUACUAAUAACUUGAAUUUAGUUUGAUCCUAUCUUCUGGCUACACCAUUGGUAUGGAUAUCUGAUUUGUAUCCCAAUGAUCAUAUUGCUAAAACUUUAUCCAGCAACAUUGACCGCAUCCUCGCGAUCUAUCAGGCACUCUAUCCUGACAAGUGGCCAAGAGCUACUGACGCGUCCGCAAAUCUUUAUCCAUUCCAAAAAGAUACUUCCAAGUUUUGGACAUCAAAUGAUGUGAAAGACUGGACCACUCUUGGAUAUGCUAUUCCCGGAAACAAACCUCUUGACGCAAAGGGGCGAAAUGCUCUCGAAACACAUUUGUAUGAGUACUAUAACUGGUAAGCCCAAUUUCCAGAAUAUUCAGACAACUAUAGUUACUUACCACUGCUUCAACCAGGACAACAAGUGGAACAAAUCCUCCUAAGUCAGUAUCGGACAACUGGCCCAGGGAUCUUUCCACAUCAAUUGCUUUGUACGGCAAGAACGCCAAAAAGGUCACCACUCCAGUUGUCAAAUUUGAGGCUCUUGAAGCCUCACAGCUCCUCGUUCGAACAGUUGCUGUACAAACACCACAAGCUAUUUCCGUCACCGUUGAAGAUGCUCCAAAAACCAUCAAGGUCCACAACGCGGCGGCAGACACCGCCGCUAAUCCACCAGAAACAAUUAAAGACAAGAGUGUACUAACAUGGAACGCUCGAAUUCGCGUCAAGAAGUAAGGCCUCUCAUCUCACCUCCCAUCCAGGUACAAAUUCUAACCGCAUACCUUACUCACAGAUUCGCCUACAACGGCUCCUUCAACAUUCACCUCUUCAUCGGCUCAAUCCCCGACGACGAACCCACCAAAUUCAUCACCAAAAAGAACGAAGUAGGCUUCUCCCACAUCUUCGCCACCUCCACCGACUCCCCCUGCGCAAACUGCACCACCCAACGAGCCGACGGCCUGCUCUACGAAGACGUCAUCCCCAUCUCGCACUCCCUCAAACACUACCUGCGCUCCAACACCGCCGCCGCCGCCGACGGACCCAUCCCGCAGCUCCGCGUCCUAGAUAACUACGAGCCUGAGAACGUCGUCCCUUUCUUAGCAAAGAAUUUGCAGUGGAGGAUCACUGAUACGGCGGGGAAUCUGCUGGGUGAUGAGCAGAAGAUGAGGGAGAGUGGGUUGGUGGUUGCGGUUAGUUGUCGGUUGUUUGAUUUGCCGACCCCUGAGAUGCCGUUGGGGGUUUAUCAUCCGGCGAAGGAUUAUGCGGAAAUUACUGAG